AUGGCUUCUUCUUUCUCCUUCACUUCCCUCUCCAUGGUUCUGCUGCUGCUUCUUCUCCAUGGCCAGUCCGCCUCCGCCUACGUCGAGCAGACCUGCAGGGACGCGUCGAACAGCGACCGGAGGGUGAACUACGACUUCUGUGUCGACCGCCUGUACAAGAGCCCUCGGGCGACGGAGGCAGACACGUGGCUGCUGGCGCAGAUCGCCGCCGAGCUCGGGAUAAACACCACGGGGAUCGGGAGGAGCAAGAUGAACGAGCUGGCUCAGUCCGAGCGGGACUCGGCAGUGAAGGUGCUCCUCGAGGCGUGCUCGACCAACUACGGCAACAUGGUGAUGGCGUGCGCCAAGGCCGACGACUGCAUCCGGGCGAGGGACUACGCCGGGGCGAAGAGGCUUCUGACGCAGGCCUGA